CCCGUUUAAACAUUAACGGGGGGCGAUUGAAAAGGCUUUGCAUUGCACGUUGUUCUGCAGUCCAGCGAGCGCUUCAUCAUGAGCUCCUUCACGCACAUCCUCAAAGAGAUCGGCGAGUUUGGCUGGUUCCAGAAGCGCUUGGUGGCGGCCUUGUGCAUCCCCAACAUCUUCAUCGCCUUCGACGUCAUCGGUCAGGUCUUCACAGGCCUCAACUUCCCAAACUACUGCGACACUGACUGGAUCCUGGAGCGGGGAGAUGCCAACCUGACCUUGGAGAGGCAGAAGGAGCUCACCAUCCCCGUAAAUCCGGAUGGAAGCUUCCAGAGCUGCCUCAUGUUCACGCCGGUCGACUAUGACCUGGAGACCAUCGAGCUGUACGGCCUGAAUGUGACCACGAGCUGCCUCAAUGGAUCGAAGGUUGAGGUGCCAACUGGGGCAUCCAGCAUUGUAACAGAGUUUAAUCUGGUCUGUGACAGAAAAACCCUAAUUGAAGUGUCUCAGUCUAUUUACAUGGCCGGGCUUCUGAUUGGAGCCUUCAUAUCGGGCAGCAUGGCCGACAGGCUUGGUCGCCGCUUUGUGGUCUUGCUCGGCCUUCUUCUUCUUUUCCUGUUUGGCGUCAGUGCUGCGUUCUCUCCAAAUAUCUACGUUUAUAUUGUUCUUAAAUUCCUUUGCGGUGUGUCCAUGACGGGAAUCCUCACCAAUUCAUUCGUGAUAGGUGGCGAGUGGUGCGACUCGUCAAAGUUUGCCUUCUGCACCAUUAUCAGUCACAGUUUUUAUCCCGUCGGUCUCAUGCUGUUGUCCGGUCUCGCCUAUUUCAUCCGCGACUGGAGGAUCCUUCAACUGGCCCUCUAUGGCCCUCUUCUAAUUGUCCUGGCCACGUUUUACUGGAUUCUCCCAGAAUCGGCUCGUUGGCUCAUCACUCAGGGCAGGAAGGAGGAGGCCGUGAAGGAGGUGCACAGAGCGGCAAAAGUCAACGGGAAAGAGGUGUCCCAAGAUCUGCUGGACAAGAUGGAGGUGGGUGAGACACCCAAAAGAGGCGGCAUGUUUGACAUCUUCAGGACACCAUACCUGAGAAAACGAGCGCUCUGCAUGGGCUGUGUCUGGUUUGGAAUCAGCGUGAUGUACUACGGCCUGAGCCUGAACGUUGGAAACUUUGGACUGAACAUCUACCUCACACAGCUCAUCUUUGGCCUGGUGGAGUUUCCCGCCCGUCUGGGUUCUCUGCCGCUGAUUGAGCGCUUUGGGAGGCGACGGUGUGAGGCCAUGUUGUUGUUGCUUGGAGGGUGCGCUUGCCUCUCCAUUAUUGCCGUGCCCAAAGACCUUCCUGUCGUUGCGACCGUCAUUGCCAUUUUUGGGAAAUUUGCAUCCACUGGCUGCUACUGCAUCGUUUAUGUUUACACAGCAGAGCUCUACCCCACCACACUAAGGCAGAGUGGCGUAGGUCUGAACUCGAUGUGCGCUCGCGUGGGCGGCAUCCUGGCCCCCUUGAUAAGGCUCCUGGCCGACUACCACGACUCCCUCCCCAUGUUCGUGUACGGCAUCGUACCCGUUUGUGCAGUGGGCCUCUGUCUGCUGCUGCCAGAGACCCUCAACACCGAACUUCAGGAGCACGUCAUGCUGAAGAGGAUUGACAGGGAAUAUAUAGAAGGAGAAGAAAACUGAAGCAAAAUAACAGCAUUGUGGUUUAUAUGGACAUUUACGCUGUUGUGGGAGCAACAGCGGCUUAUUAACAUAACACCAGAGGAUUUUGUCAAGAAGAUGCCCUCAAUCUGCUCACACAACUGUCCCGGAAUUAUAUUAACAUUAUUUAUUUGUAUAUUGUCUUUUGUACAAGUUAUUAUUUUGUGAGUAUGUUAUUCCAAUUUUGUGGGACUUGUGGGAGGUGGUGAAGAUGGAGUAUGCUAAAGGACCUAAAGGGGAACCUUGAGGUACACCUGUGUCAAUAAACUUCAUUAUCAUUUCAAGUUCAUGUUAUAGCGAUGCUGUGGCCAUUUCAUAUCUGGGGCUCCAUAGGUACGGUUUAUGGACUCCUAUUUAUAUUGACUUUUUAAUUGCUCCCAUACAAAUAAGAUCUCUGCCCACCCAUCAAGUGUGAAAUUAAUCAACUGAUUACAUCUU